AGGACUAACAAUUUUUAUGAAUAUAUAUUGACCUCAUGCUCGAAUUUGGGGAAUACCCUGUAAACCAAUGGCUGGAAAAGUGCAUGGAAUAUUGAACCAUGCUGUGUAAAGCAAGCAUAACUUGAACUUUACUUAAAAAACAGCACAAGAAGAGAAGAAUUUAUGCCUCAAAGGGCAACACUUUACUUUGCAAACAAACAUUCCUCGCAUACCGUCACAUUAAUAUAUAAAAAUAUCAUCUAUGCUCUUUUAAAGUUCUCAGAAACAUCUCUUCUCUUCUCCUUUCUGCUUUCAUCAAACCCAACAUGGCCUUGGCCAAUUUUUUUAUGAUUCUAGCCCUGUUUUUACCUUCAAUUGAAGCUUUAUCUAAUGUCACCUCGUCAGUUCAACAAAAUCUGUCAACACAAGCCUUGCUUACACUGGCUUGCACCAAUGUUGAAAACCAAGACUCAUGCCUAUCAAAUCUGCAAACAGCCCUCCAAAAUACAGGCUCCCCACAUCCAAAUUCAAUCCUGCAUGCAGCUCUUAGAGCUUCACUUAAUGAAGCAAGACAAACCAUCGACAUGAUAACAAAGUUCAACUCCUUGUCUAUCAGCUACCGCGAACAACUAGCCAUUGAAGAUUGCAAGGAACUCCUAGACUUCUCGGUCUCCGAACUUGCCUGGUCCUUAGCUGAAAUGAAAAUGAUCCGAGCUGGUGCAACGAGCCCUGACUAUCAAGGAAACCUAAAAGCUUGGUUGAGUGCUGCAUUGAGCAACCAAGACACUUGCCUUGAAGGGUUUGAAGGCACAGACCGGCGCCUUGAGAAUUUCAUCAGGGGAAGUCUAAAACAAGUUACACAACUUAUCACCAAUGUGCUAGCUAUGUACACUCAAUUACAUAGUUUACCUUUCAAACCACCAAGAAACAAUUCAACAAGAAUUGGAAGCUCAACCUCCAAGUUUCCGAAAUGGAUGACUGAUGGUGAUCAAGAGCUUAUGCAUAAGAGUCCAGUUGGUAUGCACGUUGAUGCAGUUGUAGCAUUGGAUGGCACCGGGCACUACCGUACAAUCUCAGAGGCAAUUUAUGCGGCUCCAGGUUAUAGUAAAAGGAGGUACAUUAUCUAUGUGAAGAAGGGAGUUUAUAAUGAGAACAUAGAUAUGAAGAAGAAGAAAACCAACAUUAUGCUUGUUGGAGAUGGCAUUGGAGCCACUGUGGUGACUGGUAACAGGAAUUUCAUGCAAGGUUGGACUACUUUUAGGACUGCCACUGUUGCUGUCUCGGGCAGAGGGUUUAUAGCAAGAGACAUGACAUUUCGCAACACUGCAGGACCCCAACACCAUCAAGCGGUGGCCCUUCGAGUUGAUUCUGAUCAAUCUGCCUUCUUCAGGUGCAGCAUGGAAGGCUACCAGGACACUCUCUAUGCUCACUCUCUCCGACAAUUUUAUCGCGAAUGCGAUAUUUAUGGUACCAUUGACUUCAUUUUUGGCAACGGUGCAGCAGUCCUUCAAAACUGCAAAAUUUACUCCAGAGUUCCUUUACCAUUACAGAAGGUCACAAUCACUGCCCAGGGCAGGAAAAACCCGAAUCAGAACACCGGAUUUUCGAUACAAGAUAGCUACAUUUUGGCAUCUCAACCAACCUACUUAGGCAGGCCCUGGAAACCAUUUUCCAGGACAGUUUUUAUAAACACUUAUAUGGGUGCUUUAGUUCAGCCUAGAGGAUGGCUUGAGUGGUACGGAAACUUUGCUUUGAACACAUUGUGGUAUGGUGAGUAUAGGAAUUAUGGCCCUGGUGCAUCUCUAUCGGGGCGGGUCAAAUGGCCUGGUUAUCACAUCAUUAAAGAUGCUCGCACUGCAAACUACUUCACUGCCAGCCGGUUCAUCGAUGGCAUGUCGUGGUUGCCGGCGACCGGAAUCAAGUUCAAAGCAAAUUUGGGCAAUUAAACGGUCCUGCCUGACAAGGGGAUUCAUUUUGGCCCCUUCAUCGAUGUAUUGAUGUAUAUAUAUUUUUAUUUGACUAGAGGUAUCCUAUUUGUUUGUAGUACUACUGUUAAAUAAAAGUGAAUCAUUUAACAUAAAAAUU